CAGCCUCACAAUCAACUGUUUGGUCACACCACCAGGAAGUAAAGAGCACAUGAAGAUUUUUCCAUGUCAAACACAUACAUGUUUCUGUUUGCAUAGACCAUCACCGCCACGUAGCAUCCUGUCAGUGUGUAAGCUUGUUCCGGUGAUAUAAUCGGUGUUUGAAGUCGCGGCGGAGAUGGACGGCUCGUGUCCCGGUGUGCCGGAGCUGCUGGCGGCUGCCCGCCGGCUCUUCGCUCAGGAGUUCGGGGGAGAGGCUCCUCAGAUCGCGGCGUGUGCUCCCGGAAGAGUCAACCUGAUCGGCGAGCACACCGACUACAACCAGGGAUUUGUGCUUCCGAUGGCGCUGCCCCUGGUGACGGUGGUGGUGGGGAGUCAAACCUCUAGCAGGGAUGUUACCGUGGUAACAGCGACUGAGGACGCCGAUGAGCCUUGGAGGGUGGACUUCAGCCUGCCCAGUGAUGGAUCGCCGCUGUCUCCAGGGUCACCCAGCUGGGCAAACUAUGUGAAGGGUGUCAUCCAGCAUUACAGGGCUGCUCCUGUCCCAGGUUUCAGGGCCGUGAUAGCCAGCAGUGUCCCCCUUGGAGGAGGUCUGUCCAGCUCUGCCUCUCUGGAGGUGGCUGUCUACACAUUCCUGCAGCAGCUCAAGCCAGAUGAUGGAGACAAAGUGUCCAAAGCAUUGGCCUGUCAGAAGGCAGAACACACUCAUGCUGGUGUCCCCUGUGGCAUCAUGGAUCAGUUUGUGUCUGUCCUGGGCAGGGAGGGCCACGCUUUGCUCAUUGACUGCAGGUCCCUGGAGGCCACUCCUGUCCCCCUGGCAGAUCCAGGUCUGGUCAUUCUCAUCACCAACUCCAAUGUGAAGCACUCUCUGACCGGCAGCGAGUACCCCACGAGACGCAGACAGUGUGAGGAGGCUGCCUCCGUCCUGGGAAAGGACAGUCUCAGAGACGCUACCAUGAAGGACCUGGAGGAGGCAAAGGACAGACUGGAUGAUGUAACCUAUCGAAGAGCUCGGCAUGUGAUCAAGGAAAUAGAGAGAACUGCCCGAGCUGCUGAAGCCCUGAAGAGAGGAGUCUACAAAGAGUUUGGCAAGCUGAUGGUGGAGAGCCACAACUCCCUCAGGGACCUGUAUGAGGUGAGCUGCAGGGAGCUGGAUGAGUUGGUGUCUGCAGCCAUGGAGGUGGACGGCGUGUUUGGCAGUCGGAUGACUGGCGGAGGAUUUGGUGGAUGCACCGUGACUUUGCUGCAGGCCCACGCCAUUGACAGGACUAUACUCCACAUACAGGAGCGAUACAGUGGAACGCCGACUUUCUAUGUCACAACUCCGUCAGAAGGAGCUCGAGCCCUCAGUCUGUCCUGACCUUUGUCAACACAUCUCAGCUACGUAAAGCAUUUGUUUCUCUUUAUAGGCGUUUCUAUUUGAUUUUUCUGCUCAAUUUUAACUACAAAAAUAGAAUGAUACGCUGUUAUGCAGACUGAUUAAAACACAUUUUUUGAAACCUGA